AUGUGGGACGUGCCCAAAGGAGUGUUGGUACGCUGAUGAGACACAAAAGGAGAGGGGACAUUCUUGUGAGAAACUGGCACGUCUCCUGUGUGUGUGUGUGUGUGUGCCUAGACCCCCAUCAAACAGCUGCUCAGCCGCGAGGUAGACGGCAGGAUGACCCGGUGCUUUGCUGAGGCGCUGGGCCUCAUUCUGCUCAGAGUGGAGGAAGAGGGGGACAAGAAACAAGCGGCCAUUGAAAAGAUACUGCAGCUGACGGGCGAGAGAGUGCGAUGGGCGACACAAACAUACCGAGUGAGCAGAAUGGGAACUUCUGCAGCGUGGUGUGGCGGACGGACUUGUCGUUUCUGUCUUCAGAUCAAAGCAACGCUGGCGACAGAGGCCAUGAAAGCGGACAAGCUAGCAGGCAUGUGGAAGAGUGAGCACAUUUUUGCAUGUGUGAGACGCUUCUCCUCUGCUCUUUUGAUCUCUCUCUGUGUGUGUGUGCUCGUCAGGAGAGGAAGAGCAGAUGAAACGGGGUUGA